GUGUGUCCUUUGUGUCAUCAUCUUCCUCAGGAAUCCCAGCCACAGCUGAAGAGGACAAAUUCACUCAAUCAUCCGGAGACAGGAGUCGGGAUUUUCACUCGGAGUAAAAAGGCGAAGCAGUCACCAACGUGCAUGAUGAGCAGCGCAGUGGGGCUGUUUGUCGCCGCUCUGCUGUGUUUCUGCAGCUCAGCGUUCGGGCAGGCGGACGUGGACGGCCAGCGAGGCGUUCUGGUUUUCUGCGAUGACCCCUCAGUGCAGAAGGCCGUCACCAGCGCCUUGCAUGAGUUCAACAGCAAGCUGACCGUCGGACAGAAGCUGGCUCUGUUUGAGAUCAGAGUGGCCAAGAAGACAGAGGACGGAUCCGACUCCAGGUACUACCUGGAGUUCACCAGCAGGAGGAGUGACUGUCCAGCAGGGGGCAGCAAAAACUGGACCGACUGCGACUAUCUUCCCACCGGAGCUCUGGCAGCAAUUUCAUGCAACUCUACAGUCCACAUGAAUGAGAAAGAAACCGUCACUAAAGAGGUGUAUUGUAAUAUUGACGGCUACAUUUCCGCAGAGAAAGCGAAGUGUUUGGGCUGCCCUGUGGAGAUUGAAGAAAACUCAGAUGACCUUAAAGUUCCUCUUUUAGCAUCAGUGUCCAAGUUUAACUCAAUUUCCAACUCAACUCACCUGUUCACCCUGAACAGAGUCAGCCACGCCACUAGACAGGUUGUUGCAGGUUUCAGGUACAAGCUGAGAUUCGACAUGAAGAAAACAACGUGUGCAAAGGCUGAGCACAAAGAUCUCAACGACCUGUGUGUCCCAGAUGAGGAGAAUAAGGAGUUUGCAAACUGUAACGCUACCGUGGAUAUGGCACCAUGGAGACUGGAGCAGCCCAGUGUCUUCCUGGCGCAGUGCGAAGACAGAGCCCUGUCUGCGAUGUUAAUGGAAAGAACCUCCUCCAAACCGUCAGCCUCCCCCAACGCCAAUAACCACCCUUUCCACUGCCCCUCCAGCCCCUGGAAACAAUUCAAGCCGGUCCAACCCGUAGCGCCGACAGACGCCGCAAAGGCCUCCCAGAAGCCGCCGUUGGAGGGAGAUUUUAGUGAUACUGACCUGCUUUCUUAGAUUAUUUCUCAAGAAGCCGCAUUUAUUGUAUGUUAGGAUAUAAAAAUGUGUCCUCAAUGAAUUAUGUUUAACUUUUUUUUCCCUUGCAAACAAGGCUCUAUUGAUUUAAAUUUUUCCAGAACCACCUUCGGAGCUAAAGGCUGUUAGCAGACAUAUUUUUAUUGUAACCCUUUUCUCUAUUCUUUGGUUCAAAGUAACCAGGUUUUCUAUUUAAAAAUGUUUAGGAGUGAUAUAAUUCAGGAUGUCUAAAGAAACUUUUUUCCCCCAGAAUGCGGGCAGCAUGCUACAAAAAUGAAAAAGUAGCAGUACCACCAACUGACUACUCAAUGCUAAACGGAAAAAGCUAGCUAGAUUAAUAGCGGUUGAUUAACAGCUAGCUAGAUUGCUAGCGGUUGAUUAACAGCUAGCUAGAUUGCUAGCGGUUGAUUAACAGCUAGCUAGAUUGCUAGCGGUUGAUUAACAGCUAGCUAAAUUGCUAGCGGUUGAUUAACUGCUAGCUAGAUUGCUAGCGGUUGAUUAUCAGCUAGCUAGAUUGCUAGCGGUUGAUUAUCGGCUAGCUAGAUUGCUAGCGGUUGAUUAUCGGCUAGCUAGAUUGCUAGCGGUUGAUUAUCGGCUAGCUAGAUUGCUAGCGGUUGAUUAUCGGCUAGCUAGAUUGCUAGCGGUUGAUUAUCGGCUAGCUAGCAGUAGCCUCAACGACCAUAGAUAUGUUGUGUCAACGGCACAAAGUCAGAACAUAAUGAAGACGUCUGCGUGCGACCCAAACUUUUGCCUGACAAAAAAGCCUCUAGACAAAAACAAGCUACAUUGAAUAUGUCGAAACUAAGAGCUCUAACUUGUACAGCAAAUUUCCUCAAGUCAUUUUCACAGGAAUACCUAUCAUCCAUCCAUCCAUUAUCUGAACACCCUUCUUCCCUAAUGGGGUCGGGAGGGUCGCUGGUUCCUCUCCAGCUGCGUCCCGGGCGAGAGGCGGGGUUCACCCUGGACAGGUCGCCAGUCUGUCGCAGAAUACCUAUCUUUUUAAGGCAAUUUAACCCACAUUUGUGAAUCCUUCACCCAUAAGUAAGGUCUGAUUCCCAAAGAUCAACUAAAAACCUAAAAUACAUAGUAAAUGAAGAGCAGAAGAUUCAUAUAUCAGGGUCACAAUUUGCUGUUAUGGCCAGGCUAAAAUUGGAUAGAAAAUUAAGAGAAAAAGCCACAUUUCAAAUAAAAUUUCCCUACAAUUUUUUAAGGCUUAAAAUUAAAUACAUCUCCAUGGAAACAAAGAAUAAAGCAUGGAUGGGUUAAUCUUUGUAAAAACACUUAACACGUGUAAGCAACUGCAAGAAUAUACCAGAGAAAGACCUGGGAAAAAAGACAGAACUCUUAUUGGUUGUUAGAGUUGUUUUAUAUUAGUGCCAUUUAAAUAAAGAUGAGCAAUUAUACUCUUAUA